CACAUUUUUUUAUCACCCCACUAGACAUGCACCAACUAACUUCCUUUUCUCUAAUCUUGGGCCUCUUGGCUCUUUAAAGUCAUCUCCGUUUCUCUCCCAUAUCUCUUCACAGGUCAACUCUCAACUUCAAGAAGACCCAAGAUCUAAAAGAGAGAGUUGUAAUGGAGGCUCAUCCUUAUUCUCCAAAAGAUCUCAUUUUGCCUGGUUUCGUCUCUAAUUCUAUGUCUGCUUUAUCAAUUUUGGGUGUUUUUGCUGCCGCUUCAUCCAUUGUUUUGUCCGUCUCUUGGAUUUUUGCCGGUUUAUUUUCAAAGACUACACGACUCGAAAAGUUGCUCAUAUGUUGGUUUACUUUCACCGGCUUGAUACAUCUAAUCGUUGAGGGAUACUUUGCCUUCACACCUGAUUUCAUUAAGGACAAGAACGGAUUUUACUUAGCAGAAAUUUGGAAAGAGUAUAGCAAAGGUGAUUCCCGAUAUGCCUCUUUUGACUCUGCUAUAGUUGCUGUUGAAAUGGUAACAGCCGUUGCGUGGGGCCCUGCCUGCCUUUUAGUAGCGUAUGCUAUAGCUGCACACAAGUCGUAUAGGUAUGUUCUUCAGUUGAUCAUAUCUCUCGGCCAAUUCUAUGGUUUAGUUAUAUAUUACAUAACCGCGGUUUUGGAAGGGGAUCAUUUCUCUACGAGUCCAUUGUACUACUAUGCGUACUACAUUGGAGCGAAUUCCCCUUGGGGAUUGAUACCGUUCCUCAUAAUUAUUAGAUGUUGGAGAAAGAUAUGUGAAUCGGAGCGUAGAAACAAGAGAAAAGUCCAAUGAAGUUAGCACUAAUGAUACAAGGUGCAUUUUUGUGCAUUUUCUAACAAGCUUUUAUUGCUUCUUUUACUUAGUUUAAGCUCAUUAGGACCCUCAUAGACCGUGAAAUUGUUGUUUAAGGGUCUAAUUUUGUGCAACUAAGCAAAUAUUCAUAUCAUUUAUUAUUAUUGAUCAUUGCAUUUGGAGUUGAUU